UAAUAGUUGCAAAAGAGUCAUUUCCUGAGUCCUUUGGUUGGAUGAGUAAAAACUUUCAACUAUUUCUAUUUCUUCUGUGUCAUUUAAGAGGCUUUCAAGGUGCACUGUACCUCUCAGACCAGAUCUUACUCAUAGAGGAAAUCUGAUCUGCUGCAGCACGGAAACAUCAGCAGUAAGAUGGCGAGACUAAUUCCUUAGGAAGCUGCCUGUUUUCAAGCCAAAUGUUCAUGAUAUGAUCCAUCUGGCUUACAAGGAUCAACAACCCACUUGUGAAAAAUGGUUAAAAACGAAUCCCACCUGGAUGCUUUGACACUGGCAAUGCUCCAGAAUAAAACAGUCUCCAUCACCCUCCCAAUUGUGUAUACACUGGUGGCUCUGGUCAGCAUCCCUGGCAACUUGUUCUCCCUUUGGGUGCUCUUUUGGCACAUCAAACCCAAAACACCUUCUGUUAUCUUCAUGAUCAACUUAAGCAUCACAGACCUUAUGCUGGCCAGCUGCUUCCCCUUCCAGAUUUCUUAUCACCUCCAAAGCAAUCACUGGAGAUUUGGCAAGACUCUUUGCAGCCUUGUGACAGUGAUGUUCUAUUCCAACAUGUAUUCUUCCAUACUGACCAUGACCUUUAUCAGCAUGGAGCGGUACAUGGGUGUGGUACACCCCUUGAAGUUGAUCAAGUGGAGAAGAAAAAGAUAUGCCUUGGCUGCCUGCAUAGCUAUGUGGUUUGCCUUGCUACUAGCCUUCUACCCACUAGAAACUACAGACCUCACCUAUGAAGUGAAAGAAUUAGGGAUUAUAACCUGUUUUGAUGUACUAAAAUGGGAUAUGCUGCCCACCUUUGCAGCUUGGGUAGCCUUUCUCCUCACUUUAUUUGUUGUGCUAUUCCUGAUCCCUUUUGUUGUAACAGUUGGAUGCUACAUUGGUAUCAUUAGGAAGCUAAUUCAAACAUCAAAUAGAUAUGGUAAUAAGCAAAAGACUAGAUCCAUAUACCUGGCAACAAUUGUCCUUCUGUCCUUCAUCACUUGCUUUGCUCCCAAUAACUUUAUCCUACUUGCGCAUAUGAUCAGCCGCCUAUUUUACAGCAGCAGUUUGUACCCUGCCUAUAAGCUCACCUUGUGCCUCAGUUGCUUCAACAACUGCAUAGAUCCCUUCAUUUAUUAUUUUGCAUCAAAAGAAUUUUACCAGAAAUUCAUGCAAUUGCUUCGCCAUAAUGUAGUGGUCAGCGACAGCUUGGAAAACAGAAGGGAAAGUUUAUUCUCUGGCAGGACCAUGUCAGCCAGAUCGAUGUCAAGCGGACCUAUGGAUGGGUUAGAGGGAGUUAGAGUCAAUUUGCAAAGGCAGGAAAGUGUUUUUUAGCUUUAGGUAUGCCCAGAAGAAAGACAUCUGUGAAACUCCUGAGUAGACACAGAAAACAUUUCCUUUUGAAAGACCAUGCUCAAGAUACCUUGCUCCGGGGACAGCACUCAAGCUGUAAUUAAAUUGCAUUUCAGGAUUUUCUGGUCAUGGAAGUGCUAAAGGAACUGAAUUUAUUCAAGAACGCACUGAAGCAAAUCAAACAGGGUUAGUCUGGAAAUAGCCUUGCUGCGUAAGACCAAGGGAUAUGUUUAGAACAAUUACUCUCAGGUUCUACUAUAGUUAAUCAAAGACUUGCAAUUCUCAGUGAAUGUGAAAUAUUACUGUACAUGGAUUAGAGCAUACAACAAAGCUGGAUUGGGAGUAGAGGAGUUGUUUUUCUAAAGAAUGUGCUAAGCUUUCUUUUGUUUUGUUAUUUUUUUUAAUUAUAUUUCCUUCUCUGUUGUUAUAUUUUUAUAAAAGAAUAAAAGUAGCAUGGUAUUUUACCAUUAACACAUAAUGCACAGCCACUGUGAAAUCACAACACUCACCAACCUGCUAUUCAGAGUCAAACCACACUGACACUUGAAAAGGUUAGGUUGACUCAUAUUAUUUAUUUCAAUCUUAUACAGCAAAACAUCUCAUACAAUGAAAGGAAAGCUAACAACGUUUGCAAAUACAGCUGCAUUUCUUGAAGUUAUUCAUUUCUCAGGACUACGGGGAGCAGUUUAUUUAAGGAAACAGACUUUGCCGCAUUAACCUAUUACAGUACCAAUGCUGCUUGUAUGUGGUUAGUAUCAACUGGUCAUUUUCACCAAUGUGUAGGCUACACAUAGAAGAACCAUCCCCCUCAGCAGAAUUUAGCUUUACAUGGUGCCUGGGAGGUGACUUUUUCUUCCUUACAGAGAUAUGUAGAUUAUAAACCAGAAUUUUCAGAUGGAUAAAUGAAAAUUCAACCACAGACUGGAGAGUUAUUCUGUGCCAGCAGAAACUAGAUGAAAACUUUUCCUGAUGGACAGAUGUCAGAAACAGACUUUUUUCAGGCAGGCAAGAAAGAAGAAAAGAAAGAGGAAAAGAAGGCUUCAGAAUGGAGCUGUACAAAACAUCCGGAAAAUAAGUUAUGGCAGGUGGGUUGAGCAGUCCUGUGUUUGGAGCCCUCCUCUCAAAUAUCUUUCUUGUUGCAUAUUCUGUGCCAUGUUUAAUCCUUCUCACAUCUCAACAACUGCCUGCCUGCCUGGAAAGACAACUGCUACAGAACAUGCACUGGGGACAGAAAAAAGAUAAGUUUUUCCUGUGGUAUUUACAGCUUUUUACCUACAUUUGACCCUCACUGACAGAGGAGAGACACAAACCACCUGAGAAGACCAGACAAGACCCCCUCAAAAGCAAGACAAAAAUACACCAUAUCCUUUUUCUGUGCUUCAUCUCCAUCCAGCACUGAGGAGAAAGCUGUCUGCAGUGUUGUAGAUAGUUGGUUGAGACGUCUUAUGCUGCACUGAUCCCUGAGCUCCUGUGCCUAAGUAAUAGGCAAAACCCAUUUUUCAUUUGGGUGUCUCAUGGUUAAAAACCAAUUUUCCACCACUAAUUACCAUGAAUUUCUCCCCAGUGGAGGGUGGAAAACCACAACAUGCAUAGUGAGAUAUUUGAAUGUUCUUCAGUUUUUGGAGCAGAAUAAAUGUGAGUGAACCUAGCACUACUGUUUACAAGCCAAUAUGAACAUUCAAUGCUUUGUGGCAUUUCACAGUGUUAGUUUCAACUGAUCUAUAUAUUUUCUGUGUACAAGACCAAUCUUAGUGAUAUGUAACUCACCUAAACCUUCCACCAAUUUACCCUUCACUAUUCACUUUCAUAUGUUUCCAGCUUUCUCACUAUCACAAUUGUUUAAUUGUUUUCUGCAUUUUGUUGUGGCAGAAUUUUUUUUUACAUUUACACUGAAAAUAUCUCUCCUUUUUCUUUUCCUUUUUUUUAACACGGAAAUAUUUUUACAUUGAAAGCUUUACUUCUCCUACAUCUAAUGCAGAAUUUGACUCUGUUUUAUCUUGAACAUGGUCCUCAAGUGCAUAGUCUCUCCUAAAAUAUGCUGCAAAGUGCCUGAACUAUAACUGACACAAAAUACAGCCUAAGGGCAGAAACCUUGUACUUUGGACAUCAACUGCUAUAUUUUGAAAAAUAGUGAAUUGUUUCUUUUUCAAGUGAGGAAAAGAUGCUUACAACAGACUGAAAAUGUUCUCUCCAAACUCAUGCAGCUCUUCAUAACCCUUCAUCUCUCUUUUGAAAAUGUUUAAAAAGGAACAGGAAGGAUGCCUCAUUUGAGUACACAUCAUGGCAUUUUACUGACUAGCUUCUAGUUAACUCCUGUUUGGGUCAGUGGGAUUGUUCCUUGAGAAAGGAAUAUAGAAAUGAACCCAUUAACAGCAACCCUUCAAGUCCGAUGGCAUAUACUGUGAAGUCUUGGAGAGUCUUUAUUAGAAAGGAAGAGAAUAAAUUAUUAUUAAAAGAGGCCCAUCGUACUGUUCUUUGAUCUUGGAAAUACAUCCUUCUGGAGCACCAUAAGAAUAAUGGCUUCUACCCUCCUUGAUGCGUGAUUGUAAAUUGACAUCCAUAUACAUAUAUACAUAUAAAUAUAGACAUAUAAAUAUACAUUGCAAUUUGUGAAAGUUACUGAGAAGUUCAUGUCCAUAUUACUUUCAGUUUGGGGAAUAUGGGCCCUGGGCAACUUGCUUACUUGUAUUAAUGUAAUUUACUGAAAAGAAUGUAAAGGCUUCUGUUUGUUUUCAGGGUUGGGAGGGGUGUUUGUGUUUGGUCUUGUUUUUUAAUUACUGUAUGGAAAUUUAACGUAUGAAUGUGCUUGAACUUUUUUAUAAUAUAAUGUAAUAAUUAAAAAAAAAUAAAAGUACAUGAUUUAAGGUUCAUUCCUGU